UCGAAGCAUGAAGUGAUGACAUAUAAAAAAUCUAGGUGCCACGUAGACGGAUCAGUAGACAUGAUGAAGUGGUGCCUAUGGUUUAUUCUAAUCUUCGUGGAGGCCGGUGAAAUGGUUCACCUUAAGACACCUGCGUGGUCUUUCGCGACGCCAAUUCGUAGAACGUCGCCGGGCGGGAGAAAUUACACCGCUUUCGAAGGGAUCCGCUAUAAGUGGAGGGUAGAAACGUCGAAGUUUCGUUUUGUACCGAUUAACUCGGAACCCAGGAGCUGGUUACAGAGCUUAAAUCGAAGAAUCAACUGCAUGCAUGUGGACCCGACCAGCGGUGAGAUCUUUGGAAGAAAGGACUGUACGUUUCUCAACAUCUACACCCCAAGCUAUCGGAGGAAUGUAAGCAUGCCUGUUUUGAUCUGGAUCCAUGGGACGCAAUUGUCACUCGGAACGACUCGGAGCAGCAAAUACGACCCGAGCAGGUUCAUGGAUCACGAUAUAGUCUUCGUGACUAUGACCUACCGCCUGGACGUCCUCGGGUUUGUGAGAUCUUAUUUUGCCAAAUUGUUUGGGAACUACGGCCUCGAUGACCAGAGAGUAGCGAUAGAAUGGGUGACGAAGAACAUAAAAAGUUUCGGCGGUGAUCCCGGGAGGAUAACACUCGCCGGCCACGGUGCAGGAGCGUCCCACGCCCUUUUCCACCUAAAACGAAACAAUUGGACUCCAGGUGGACACGCGAUCAAAAGGGGCAUCGCAAUCAGCGGGACGCGGUUCGCACCCUGGGCCAAGGCUACAUUUGCGUUUUUGACGUACUCCAAAUAUCAAGCCAUGCUCCUCAAGAGUGAAAAUGUAGAAGAGGAAUGUUUAGAAACAAUUAAACCGGCCUGUUUAGAAAAAAUACGGUUCUCAACAUUAGUCAACACUUCACGAACGAUGAUGCUCGAAUCGGCAAAUUUGUGGGAUACCAUGUUAUGGCCGUUCAAACCUGUCCAAGAAAGCAUUUAUAUCCAUCAGGAACCCGGGCGCGAAUUCCCCUUUGUAAACAGCAACUUCACACUGCUUCUCGGAUUGAACAGAAACGAAGGGGAUAUCAUAUCAGCAUUCGCCAGGGAGAGAAAUUGGACUGGAAACUGGAAAGACACCAUGUUCAGAACCUACUUUGACUUUGACUAUUAUUUGUCUCGAAAGAACUUGUGGUAUAUUAAAGGCCAAAUGAACGAUAUGUAUGAAAUGACUUCUUCGAGGGACAAACGUGUUAGCAACAUGAUGUCAGACGGCUGGUUCUUUCUACCGGCGAUCAGGGAGGCGUUAUACCACGACGGACCCUUUCAGGGUUUCAUGUUCGACUUCAAGAGCGAACUCGGUCUCAUGAACUGCCGAGUCCCGAGGUCGGGCGAAGGCACGUCUCACGGGGACGAACUGCCUUAUAUCUUCACGAUUAAAGGGUGCCUCGUCGACCCGAAGAACGAAUGGGUUGCAAAGAAAUACGUGAACAUGUUAGCACGUUUCGUUAUCGACGGAGAUACACAGUUGAAGAAAUACCCAGAAGACCAGGUACUGUUCAACAUCACAGAGCAGCUCGAUGAUCCAGAAGAAUUCUCAAAAAUCGACGAAAAUUUAAUGAUAAGGUUGACUAUCUGGAGACAAUUCUACUAGUUCCGCUGUUUUCCGUUUAGAAUUUAUAGAGAGACUAGAUGACCAUACUCACAAAUGGCAACGGUCAUAGUAUUAAAGAACAACUGUAAAUAAAAAAACGGAAAGUUA